AUGGCUACUACCUUGGAGCCUUCGCACAGCCACCCACGCAUUGUCGCCUCUUCCAACGAAAAGCUCGGUCAUUGGUUUCCGGCCAUGAGACCAGAUGAUCUCGAUGAGAUUCCAGACUCUUCGCCUGUCGAUACUGGAGCGCCGACGAUGGGAAUAACGCCGCCAUUUCCCAGAAACUUAGAUUCUCUACCAAUCUCGUCUGAUGUGCAAUCGCAACCACAAGAUGAAGUCUUCUUUCAAGAGCAGGAUUCCAUAACCUCAGCAAAUACAGCCCCUUUAUGGACCUCAGAGCCCCCCUCGAACGGCGGGGCAGGCGAUGAACUCCCGUCGGAUGAUGACGAUGAGCGACUGGACCCUGCCUGGGGGAUUAAACGGAUGGAUUCUACCCAGAUUCUCCAGACUGUAAAUCGAUCGACCACUUUCCCAGACUUCGGAUUGCCAACACCUACUGAGCCCUCUCUCGGGAGCGCUUUUCCUGGCGUGUCUGAGAACAGACAAGCAGAACAUGAAGAGACAGAUAUCUUGACAAAACCUAUCCAAGACGAUGCGUAUACUAUAGAGCCCCAGCAGACUCCAUGGCUGCUUCAGGAAGAGCAGGACUUGGUUCAAGAACAACCCCCCUGGACAAUAUCGGAACAGUCGGACCCAGACACUGAGCUAGCAGAGCGCUUUGAUGAAGGGAUUCCUCUUAUCCAGACCAAUGAUAGUAAAGAUAAAGAGGUGGAAGCAAACGUGGAAUCAAACCCUUGGAGUUCUGAGGCCCCUCAAGACGAAACCGGAAUUGAAGAUGGAUUCUUCUCUGGUCUAAAUAAUCUGACCUCCAAUUCAACACAACGCAAACCGCUGGAAAGGAAAUCUACUGCCCAAGUCUUGGAUGCCCUGGAUUUCGAGAGGCCUGCUAGAUUAGACUCCCCAGCAAUUCUGGAGAAUACCGAGACGUCUUUCUUCGAGCAACUCCAUAAUGAACCAGCGGACGAAAGUCUUGUCUCUCAGCCUCCCGCGACAGAGGAGGUCGAUGCAAUGUGGGCAGCUGCACUUGAGGAUGACGAAUUUCUCGUUGAGGAUGCUGACGAUCUUCUGCCUGAUUCCGAACCUGGGUCGCCCUCAUCAUUCAUGGCUUCUCUUCGGCGCGAUGGACUGACAACAGUACCAGAAGACCAGCCGACCUCAGCGAAUGCCACCCAAGCCCAUCAAUCUUCUCCGCGUCGACAGAAUUCCUUCAAUCCAUACGCGCCACAUCAACCCCUGGUUGCCGAUAUGCUACACAUGUCGCCCGAUCCUACAACACACAACAAUUUGGGCCUGAUUCGUCCCGGUCUUCCCCAACAUGCGCUAUUCGGCGCCCAAGGCCAACAAAGACCAGCAGCACCACAACCAAUGAAGAGCUUUGUUGACCAGUCAAAAGAUGGGUACAAGUCACCGUACGAUCUCCCCGUAGAUAUCACAAAAUCUAGGAAACGGGCAGCAGCUCCACAUGCUGUUCAAACCAACAAGACACUUCCACCUCCGCCUCGAAGUAGUAGCUUAUCUGAAAAACCACUCCAGUCUCCUUUCAAUCCGCCCUAUCAACAAAACUCAACGGCUCAUCCUCCCUCAUCCACCUCUGCAGCACCUGUUGUCUCCCGAAGUGUGUCAGCCUUUACACCUCCAUCGAAACCACCUGUUACGCAUAAAACGACGGGAUCAGGAAGCUUUUUCGAGGAGCUGCCGGCCGUUUCGAGACCGCGACCCGUGAGUAAUCAAGGCCGCUAUACUCCUCAGCAAACCGUCGUACAACCUCCACAGCUUCCACCACCUAGUCCACCCUACAAGGGCACUGUUGCAGAACCACCAUCUCCACCACGUGCAUCAGAUCCAUAUGCUGCGUAUCAGUUGCAGCCCCCCGAGCGGCUCGACCCUUAUGCGAAUAUCUCUUUGCAGGCCCCUCUUCCAUCACCGUCUACCACAAAUGCCCGCUAUUCUCCCGCGCCGCCAACAGCUCAACUUGGUGCACGCUCAGGUCCUUCUCCUCGUUAUUCUCCAGCACCGCCCACCCAGCCAUCAUCGUCAACUCAAGGCAACCGAUAUGCCUCACAGCCAGUUUCCACUCCGCAAGCACCGGCAGCAGCGCCGCCAAUAAAUCGAUAUGUCUCUCAGCCACCUCCAAAUGCCUUACCGCCAUCCAACGUUCUGCCUUUCCAACCUCGUACAUCUAGCCCAUUGGCAGUUCACAAAAGAUCAACAGAUGAGACCAAUGCAGGCAUUCCUCCCGCUAUCACUGGCAUCCCAAGACCCGGAAUGGCUGGUCGACAGAGUUCUCAUAAUCUGAAUUUCACUCCCCAAUCUACAAUCAAUCCCGAAGGUGCUAAUCUCUCGUCAUCAACACUGUUGACGUCUCCUCCAAAGCGACAAGCAGUGGAAGCCCUUCCACCUCCCCGCAGGUCACAGACGCAGUCCCCAUCGAAGCAACGCCCCCAACCUUCGUUUCAAAACUUGAUCAGCGAUUAUCCCAACCGCCCAGCUUCGGCUUAUGGCCAAUCCUCACCCAGCAAGUCUUUCGCGCAACUGGCAUCAGAUCCACCAGCAAGAACGAAAUCGUUCGCCUCAAGUCUAGGUACAGAACUGGAUUUCGUGCGGCCCGCCGACGAUAGUCAGUUUGAUCCCUUGGAACGCUGGAAAGGCGCCCCUUUGAUAACUUUUGGAUUCGCCGGGACGUUGGUGACUUCCUUCCCUAAACAUGUUCCAAGAUAUACCACGGGAGUUGCAAGACCUCAAAUCAAGGCCAUGCCAGGGGAAUUUGUCGUCCGCCAAUUGAAGGAUCUCAUAACCCAGAACGAGCUGAUCAACAGCUUUCCCGGCCCUUUGCGUGGCAAGGCAAAGAAGAAGGAUUUACUUUCCUGGAUGGCCUCCUACAUAUCGGGGCUGGAAUCUUCUCAACCCGAAAACGACCCACAUCAGUCGCCGAUGGAUUCUCACAGGCGCCACCACGAGAAAUUAUUGCUCUGGAAGAUUGUUCGUGUCCUUGUUGAGAAUGAUGGAUCUUUGGAAGGUCCUGCUCUGAAUGCUGUGAAUGUGAUUCUUUCACCAGAAGUUCACGCUGUGGAUGAUACAACGGCUAGCAAAUAUCGUACCGAUGAGCAGAUCACUGGAAUAUAUCGUCCAUCAGGAGGCAAUGCACGUUCAGACUCGGUCGAUCCUCUGGCUGCAGAACUCCUUCGCAAACAUCUUCUUGCAGGUAAUCGCCAGGCAGCAAUAUUUCAUGCCAUGGACGCGCGCUUGUGGUCACAUGCGUUGAUCAUAGCAUCUACGAUGGAGCGCUCUGUGUGGAGUCAAGUCGUCCGAGAGUUUGUCAGACAAGAAGUAAAAACUAUUGGAACCAACGCCGAAUCCUUGUCGGCUCUGUAUGAAAUCUUUGGGGGCAAUAUUGAGGAGAGUAUCGAUGAACUUGUCCCACCCUCGGCCCGUGCUGGACUUCAAAUGGUAAGCAAGGUGGAUAGCUUAGGCCCGACAAAGAAUGCUCUUGAUGGGCUGAACCAUUGGAAGGAGACACUCAGCCUCGUCCUAAACAACCGGGCACCUGGUGACCACCAAGCUUUGGCAGUCCUUGGUAAACUACUCGAAGACUAUCAACGCAUCGAGGCUGCACACAUUUGUUAUCUAUUUUCGAGAUCUCCUGCUAAACCCGUCAUCAUGGGCGGCAUUGAUGAUGCUCAGGCUGACAUUGUAUUGCUUGGAGCCGAUCACAAGACGCGGCCAUCUGACUUUAUGCGCAAUCAAGAGGCUGUUAUCCUCACUGAGAUUUACGAGUUCGCCACCAACGUGCUUAUCAGUGGAUCUACGCCGGUAAACAUGCCACAUCUCUCCGCCUUCAAGCUACAGAAGGCAGGCAUUCUUGCUGAAAAUGGAAUGAAAUCAGAAGCCCAAGCUUACUGUGAGGCGAUAGCUUCCAUGUUCAAGUCGAGCACCAAACUAUCUCCUUACUAUCAUUCAUUGUUCCUGACACAGCUGGACGACUUGUCUGCGCGACUGAAGCAGACUCCAAUACAAGGGUCGGCUUCUUGGAUCGGGAAGCCCAGCCUCGAGAAAGUCUCUGGGUCUGUGUGGAACAAGUUCACCACUUUUGUUGCCGGUGACGACAGCGAUGCCGAAUCCAAAGGAUCCGGAAAAGAUGCGGCUGAGGCAGGGCCAUUUGCCAACGUAUCCGGCACACCUUCUCUGAGCAGAACUGGGUCACAGUCUGAUUUAUACGGAUCGUACCCAUUGGCAUCGCCCCCAGCCGUCUCCAACACCAUUGCUGGAUCCAGAUACGCGCCAAAUGGAAUUCACUCUCCCCGUUCUUCUUCUGAACUGACGCGAGGCCGACCAUCUUUGGACUCGCAAAGAUCUCCACCAGCAACGUCACAUCUAAACUCUAGCCGACAGUACGAACCCGUCAAUAUGCUGCAACAAAACCAAAUGGUCCAACCUCUAAACCCAUAUCAGGCCCUUGCCGCAGCCUCCCCACCUACCAACUACCCACAAAGCCCUCCAGGUUCUUCUUACUUGCCAAAUAGUGUGACUCAGCUUGUCCAAGAUAUUGCUCCUCCGGUGCAUCAUGAGCCUUAUGCUCCAACUCCACCAGCUGAAGACACCGUCUCUCUGGCGUAUGGACACAACCCUCAGUUCCAACAGCAUGGCCAAUUCGGUUAUAGUGAGUAUGAAUAUGCCGAACCACCUCUAGAGCAAACUCCGCCGGUACAGGACGAAGUAGCUGAUGCAGGUUAUGCUCCACCCGCCCAGUCAUAUGGGUACGAAGCCUCUGCUGAAAAUGGCUACAUACCAUAUGAACCAGAACCUGAAUCACCUGAGGAAUCGAAGCCCAAGAAAAAGUCUUUUAUUGGCGAUGAUGAUGAUGACUUUCCACAAGCAACGCCAACAGCUCACCGAGGUUCCCAAGACGAUGAAGCCGAUCGCAAGCGUGCCAAUGAUGCCGCCGCGGAUGCUGCUUUCCGCGCAGCAGCUGAAGCAGAUGCGAACCGUGAGAAAGAAAAGAUGCAAGCAAAGAGAUCUUCGUCGUGGUUUGGCGGCUGGCUGGGCGGAAAGAAAGCCCCCGAAGGCCUCGAUUCGGGUUCAAGCAAAUCCGCAGAUGCGAAAGUGUACAGAGCUAAUCUCGGCGAGUCAAAGAUGAAGUUGUACUACGACAAGGAACUUGGCAAAUGGGUGAACCCAGACAAUCCAGACGCAGGAGUGAAGACUGCAACACCUCCACCGCCUAGAAUGGGAGGUACACCUGGACCUUCUAGCGGACCUCCUAAAUCCGUCGGGUCUGGACAUGUUACCAGUUCGAGUUUACCUAAUGUGAGUAUGGGAUCUCCGUCUUUGCCAGGUAGCAGAGCGGGCACCCCUGCUAGUGGUUCUAUGAUAGGUGUACCAGCUGCACCUUACUCGGCUGGUCUAUCUGGCCCACCAAGUGCCGCAAGCACACCACCACUCGGGCUGGCUCCAACAUCCCACCCUGGUCUUGCUGCUCUUGUACCACCACCUAGGCCAGGCUCACGCCCAGGAACGGCAGUGAGCAAUGCCAGCAGCAUUGAUGACCUCAUUGGGCCACCGGGUGGCCGUAAAGGAGCAAAAAGCACGAAAAAAGCAAAAGGUCGUUACGUCGAUGUCAUGGCGCAAUGA